AUGUUCCACAUUUGGCAAGGAACCUUUCAUCUCUUUUCUUUGAUUUGGCUUUCGACAUCGAAAGCUCGUGCAACCGGCAUUGUCCUAAUACCAGACAAGCUCUGCGUAGUCUUUGAUAGCAUGGAGAGAUUUGCUCGGGCUUUCGCAGACCUUCGAUGCAUACCUAGUACCUCAGAAGACCAUCAAAGCAUGCAGCAAUCAUGCGAGACAUACUGCCCUUCAAUAGAGGAAAUGCUUGAAAGCCGCAGAACCAUCGUACUUAGACGGCUUUGUACACUGUCUUUCGAUAUUUGCAAACAACAAACUAUCCAAGCUGUUGAUAAACACUCCCUAUCGCCGACAAUUGAACACUUUCGUUCUCCAAGCAACUUCUGCAAAGUCACUCAGGACACUCUUCAUUUACUCACCCCCAAAAAAAAAACGAACCAAAGAACACAGACACAACGAACCCAAGAAUCCACGAUGUCGACCGAAGCCUUUCCAGAGGGUGACUUCACCCAGACCGAGCAUUGGAUCAAAAUUAAGUACGGCAUGCCGGACAAGGCCGAUAUCCUCGAUGCGCAGAACCAGACGAUAGCAAAGCACAUGGUUAAGGAAGCUGGUAAGCGCGACAACUUUGAUCAUCCUGACCCUUCUCCAUUCAUUGCCCCUUCUCCAUUUAUGACUCCGCCUCCUCCAUUCAUGCCUCUUGCUUCAUUCAUGCCCAUUUCCAGUUUUAACUCCCAGGCUGCCCACGAUGCUGCUGCUACUGCUGCUGCUGCUAAAGUAGCUAGCAGCUCUGCAUACGGGCCCAGGCCCAGGCUCGCUGAUUCGCAGACGGAGGCUGUUGACCACUUCUCGAAGGUCGGAGUCGACAAAGAGGUGAUCUCGGCCGCCAGCCCAACGAAGCGUUCACCUACUAAGAAAUCCUUCAACGUCGAUACACUCGGUGCGGACUUCCAUGACCGGGUCUUCCACGCCACAAUCGAAUAUCUGCGCGAGAAGUAUGCCAAGAUGCCCAAGAAUUUGAUUACUCAAAACGCGCCAGCUGCCCAGGGCGAAUUUAAGAAUUGGCUCCCAGUCAUGAACGAGAAAUUGGAGACGAAUGAUGCAAGCCUGCUUGCAGACCAAAAUACCACCAUCCAACUUCAGACAUACCUGAAGGCUGCCAAGUUAGUUAAGAAGGCCUUCCAGAACAAGAUCCAAGAAGAACGCGAGAAGGAGGUAGCAGAGGCGAAUGAGCUGCGUGCAGAACUCGAGGCUUGGUUUGACGCUCUUGAUCCUGAGUUGCUUUCUACCCUAACGGAGGGGCUGAAGAAAGUGGAGUCGGAGAAGAGCGAAGAAUGGGAUUUUGUAGAAGACGCCAGCGAUCCAGCCCUUCGCACAACUGUUAAGAAUGUCUUCGACUACUUCGCCGACGAACUGGAGAACGUGGACGUUGUGAUUCAAGGCUGGACCACUGAACAGCAAACGCAUGCUUACUUGACCAUGAUGCAAAACAUUCGUGCGGAUCAGCCCUUGAGACUUACAGAGGAGGAAGAUGCUGAGCUUUUCAAAGCCAAUGUGAUGGGCCUCCCACCAACAGAUUUCGUUAAGCAGGCGUAUCUCACCAGCAAAGCCUUUAUGGCGGACAACAAACAGGCCUUCCGCCACACCAAGGCCGGAGGAUAUCAGAGCCACCUCGCUACACAGAUUGCGUACCUGAAGAGGAACAUGCCGGAUGUCACAGGCGAGGAUGGCGCUGACCUGAAGACCCAAGGUUUCACUGACUUGGACACGUUUCAGGAAGAUAUGCGUCACGAAUUCAUGUUGAACAUGAACAAGGUGGUCAACAAGACGCGAGUACUGCUGCCAAUGCCCAAUCCGGUACUACUGCUGGUGGAUCUCCUGGCCGCAAGCGCUAUGGCACUCGUCAUGGCGGAGACGUGCUAG